AUGCGUCUCAUUCUCACAGGUGCCACCGGCCUAGUCGGAUCGGCCGCCCUCAACCAUAUUCUCUCUCUCCCGCCCGGGGAAGUGUCGCACUUGUAUAUCCUGAGCCGGAAACCUGUGCCUGCCGCCGAAAAUCGACCCAAUGUUACUGUGAUCGAGCAUAAGAACUUCAACGAAUACACUCCUGAAUUACUAGAGAGAUUAAAGGGAGCCGAUGGCUGUAUCUGGGCGUUGGGGAUUUCUCAGACACAAGUGUCAAAGGAGGAAUAUGUGAAAAUCACAGUCGACUACCCAUUAGCAGCAGCAAAGGCAUUUUCAGGGUUAUCGGAUUCCUUCAACUUCGUAUAUAUUUCUGGAGAAGGAGCGACACAAGAACCAGGAAGGUUCACUCCAUACUUUGGUCGGAUAAAAGGGGAAUGCGAAUCGGCAUUGAUCGCCCUAUCCAAAAAGUACCCCAGUCUGAAGCCCUACUCCAUCAGACCUGCGAUCGUAGACGCAACGUUCGACCCUCCGACACUGGCAUAUGUUAUGCAGCGACCGGACCACACUGUUCUCAAAAGAGUUCUCUUAGCAACUUUGGGUCCCGUCACAAGACAGCUCUAUUCCAAAGGUAUCUCGCCGACGAAGGACCUCGGACGGUUCAUGACGGACCUAGCCAAGGGCAACGGACAACCACUUACAGGAGAUGGAGUCAGCGGAGAUGGAUGGAUUAUAUCGAACGUUGCAUUCCGGAGAGCAGCGGGGAUCUAA